AGUGUGUGUGUGUGUGGGGCAUAGAGGAGAAAUUCAUUGUUGAUAUUGUUGUCGCGAAUAAAAAGCAGGAAUUUGUUCUUGGCUUUUUUUUGUUAAAAAUUUUUUUUGAGGCGCUUCAACAAGAACGGGGUUGGUUUCGAAGAUAAGUAAAUAGAGAGAGGGGAGAGGGUGAGAGUGAGAGUGAGGGUGGGUGAGGGGGGGAGACUCUGCCUGGGGUCUGUUCAGCCUCUGUGAGCCCAGCCCCCGUGAACCUGCUGUGAGGAAGGAGCCGCAGACACACUACACACCACAGCAGCACAACAUGCCUGUGAGGAGAGAAAAGACCACAGCCAUGGAGGAGCUUGUGUGGGAGCAGUAUACGGUGACAUUACAUAAAGACUCGAAAAGGGGGUUUGGCAUAGCCGUGUCAGGAGGGAAAGAUAAUCCGAAUUUUGAGAAUGGUGAAACUUCCAUUAUAAUCUCUGACGUUCUUGAAGGAGGUCCAGCUGAUGGACUGCUCCAAGAAAAUGAUCGUGUCAUCAACGUUAAUGGCAUGUUGAUGGAAAAUGUGCCUCAUUCAUUUGCUGUGCAACAAUUAAGAAAAUGUGGGAAAGUGGCCCAGAUAACGGUGAAAAGAGGUCGAAGAAUCCCGGUUCGCCAGCCAUCAGCUGAAUCUGACAAUCGUGUCUUUGAUGUGGUGGAUGAUGAUGAGUAUGAUCGCAGGAGUGUGCACAGUGAGAGAAGCGACAGGAGUUGGCACAGCGGGCCAAGAAGUCAAGCCUAUAGCCGAGAUUACAGCCCAGAAAGAAGCUACGAUAGAAAUCACGAUAGAAACCGAGAUCGUGGCAGGAGUUACGAUCGAGAACGGAGCAGAGAUCGCAGCGACAGCAGGGACCGGAGCCGGGGUAGAAUAUAUGAAGAGGACAAGCGCUAUGAACACAGCGAUCAUUACCACUAUCGUGAGCCAGCGAGGGCUCGAAGCCAUGAGCAACUCAGACCCAGGAGCCCAUCUCCUCACUCCGAGUACUCGUACACUCAGGAGCUGCCCAAACCAUACAAAGUUAUGCUCCUUAAGAACAAACCCAACGAAGAAUAUGGCCUGCGAUUGGGCAGCCAGAUCUUCAUCAAGGAGAUGACAAAUGUCGGGCUGGCAGCGAAGGAUGGAAACUUACAGGAGGGUGACAUUGUCCUCAAGAUCAAUGGAACCGUGACGGAGAACAUGUCUCUGGCAGACGCCAGGAAACUGAUUGAAAAAUCACGAGGAAAACUUCAGCUAGUUGUCCAACGAGACCACAAACAAACACUGAUCAACAUCCCCGCCAUGGAUGACAGUGACUCAGAAAUUGAAGAUAUUUCUGAAAUCGAGUCGAACCGCUCCUAUUCUCCUCUUCCGGACGAGAGGAGAUCACCACAUUCAGAUAUCUCUUCUCAUUCUUCAACUGGACGGAUGCUUGACCGCAAAAGUGCUAAAGAAGAACCUAGUAAUCGACUGGCAAAAAUGGGAGCGAUGCCUACUCCUUUUGCAACCACAAAGAACCUGCCAGCAGCUGUUGAGUAUGAUAAGGAAGAUCCACACGUAGAAGAUUACAGAGUGGAGACUGUGCCCGUGGCAAAACCCAGACAGUUUCUUCGACCAAGUCCAGAGGAUGAACAAAUUUUCGGCCCUGAAACAAAAAUGGUGCAGUUCAAGAAAGGUGACAGCGUUGGCCUUCGAUUGGCUGGUGGCAACGAUGUAGGAAUCUUUGUAGCAGGAGUGCAGGAAGGAAGCCCAGCCGAGCUUGAAGGGUUGGAAGAGGGAGAUCAGCUUCUCAAGGUCAAUGCCAUGGAUUUCCGUAGUAUUGUGCGGGAAGAAGCAGUUCUAUUCCUUUUAGAAAUCCCUCGAGGUGAAGAUGUGAUUAUCCUAGCGCAGAGUAAACUUGAUGUGUACAAAGAAAUUAUCGAGUCUGGCCGAGGGGAUUCAUUCUUCAUAAGGACACAUUUUGAGUAUGAGAAAGAAAGUCCACAAAGUCUGAACUUUGCCAGAGGAGAAGUCUUCAAGGUUUUGGAUACAUUAUACAAUGGCAAACUGGGGAACUGGUUGGCAGUACGAAUUGGACGUGAUAACAUGAAACAGAUGGAGAAGGGCAUUAUUCCAAAUAAAAGCAGAGCUGACCAGAUGGCCAAUAUUCAAAAUGUCCAGAAGACAAACACGAAUGACAGAGGAGACUUCUGGCGCUCACGGGGCCAAAGGGCUGCAAUGAAAAAGAAUCUUCGCAAGAGUCGUGAGGAUCUCACCGCUAUACCAGUCAGCACGAAAUUCCCAGCAUACGAGAAGGUGGUUCUUAGGGAAGCUGGCUUUAAAAGACCUGUGGUGCUCUUUGGACCUAUAGCAGAUGUGGCAAUGGAUAAGUUGGCGAAGGAAUUGCCUGAUUCUUAUAAACCUGCUAAAACUGAGCCCAGAGAUGCAGGUGCAGAAAAGACGACUGGUGUGGUCAGACUGAACACAGUCCGGCAAAUCAUUGAAGAGGAUAAACAUGCUCUACUGGAUGUAACGCCCAAGGCUGUGGAUCUACUGAACUAUACUCAGUGGUACCCGAUUGUGAUCUUCUUUAACCCAGACAACAAACAAGGAGUUAAAACAAUGAGGCAGAGACUGACUCCAAAUUCUACUAAGAGCUCCCGAAAACUUCAUGAGCAGGCUAUCAAGCUAAAGAAAACUUGUACUCAUCUUUUUACAGAGAUCAUUGAUCUGAAUUCUGCCAAUGACGGGUGGUAUGGAAUGCUUAAGGAUUUGGUCAAUAACCAUCAAGAAUCGGCUGUGUGGGUUUCAGAAGGAAAGGCUGACGGAUUAGGAGACGAAGAUCUUGAGAUGCCCGAUGACCGUGUGUCAUACCUGUCAGCGAUGGGAGCCGACUACCUUAGCUGUGACAGCCGCUUGAUGAGUGACUAUGACGACACGGACACCGAGGGAGGAGCCUACACUGACAAUGAGCUGGAUGAACCACCAGAAGAGCCUCGUAUGCCUGCUGUUGGCAGGUCAUCCGAACCCGUGCACUUGGAAGAGAGAAGGCCAAGUCCGGAACCAGCUUUAGUGAAAGGACAGAUGAGGAGAGCAGGCAGCAGGGAAGUACUGAGAGAUUCCAGCCCUCCUCCAGAUUUCCGUCCGGAGCCACCAAAGGCCAAAGCGCAAGAACUCCCUCGACAGUAUUACGACGCCAGCCGUGGAUACGAAUCCAAAUCUAGCAGCCAGAGCCCUGCCAGCAGUGAGCAUCCCCGGGGUCAGGAAGUAUCGUCAGCCAAGCCAUUACCUCCUCCAGUCGCUUCCAAACCAGCUCACGGAGUCCGAGUUAUGGUCAAACCACCUCCUCCAUCGGAGGACCAAGAAGAAGAGGAAGAACAGGAAACCGAAGCUCCGGACCAAAGUGGCAAAGUGAAGUCUGUGAUGGGCAAAGUCAAAAUAUUUGAGAAACUGGACCACAAAGCUCGGGCUAAGAGGCUGCAGGAACUGCAUGAAGCACAGAUGGCAAGAAUGGAAAUUGCUCAGAAAAAUCCUGACAUUUAUGCUGUUCCAGUGAAACUACCUAAGCCUGAGCCACGGACGCAGCCCACAAGCUCCAGGCCCCCUGAGCCUCAGAAGCCUCCGUCGCAACCUUAUCAUGAUCCCAAUCGUGGAAGUUACAGCACUGAGGACGAUGAAGAGGAGGAAUAUCGCAGGCAACUAGCAGAUCAUUCAAAGCGAGGUUACUAUACCCAGUAUGGAGCACAAACAACUAAGUACAGAGAUACAGAGUUGUAGGAGAGUGAUUGACUGUGGAACAAUGAGUCUAAUGUAUGAUGGUCACAAAAUAAUUUGCAAAAAAAAAAGGGUGUCGGGUGCUAAUUGGGAUUUCAGUUUUAAUGACGAAUUUGCAAAACUUUAAAUGGAAUAUCAGAAAUGAGCGGAAAGGCAAAACAGGCUGGAGUUCAAAACGGAGCAGACUCCCUUAUUUUGUACUUUGAUCAUUUUCAGAGAUUGCAAUUAGCCAUUUUGCAAAUCACAAAUUAAACAGUAAAAUGGAAUUAGCACUACCAUUUAGCAAAUAUUUAGAGAGUAUUGUAAAUUAGACCUCAAUUAUACUUUUUGUACUUUACCAUAAUAAUCGGACUGCCUUUAUGCGUUUUCAGCUAGUUAUAGCUCACAAUGAAAGCAAUAGUGUUACAACAUAAGACUACUAACUACAUUAUGCUGUAAUUACCUUGUUCGAAAACUACAAAUUUUGGAUAGAAACACAAAGUGCCUUUUCCUUUUUGAACAAAAUAAACUUUUUUUUAAGAUAAGACUUGGUGGAAGUAAUGACAUUGAAGUUUUGUUUUGAUUGAUUUUCUUGUGUGAAAAGUUCUCAUGAUAUAAUGUUCUUGUGGGGAGCAGCAAAAGAAACAGUCAUUUUAUAUUACAUUUACAAUUAAUUUCCGUCUCUUCAGUAGCCUAUCACAGCUAAAGUAUACUGAUUUUGUAUAUAAAUGCUGCUGUUGCUGUAUUAAUUGCAAAGCUUUUGUACAAUACAGCUGAAGUUAAACGUGUCUGUAUAUGGAGGAUGUUGUUGAGCCAGGUUGUAUUUCUGCUUCACCUCCCACUCCUGGCAUUUUAGCUUCCAAGAAUAAAGCAAUCUUUGUUUCA